AUGCUAUUCGUGUGGGACUUGCACUCGGGUGCGAGAGAGAGGAUACUCCGGGGCAACCCAGCCAACUCACUCUUCUCUUUCUUUGCUGCCAAGAUCAAGGCCUCUGCUCACUCCUCCGCCGCUGCUGCUGCCGAAGCUGCUGCGCCCCCGGUUGAGAACCUUCUGCUGGAGUUUGAUGCGGUUGACCGCGGUGCCAAGGUGCGGGGAGACGGGGUCGGGGGGGAGGAGGAGGGGGAGAAGCUGGGAGGUGGUUUUGAUACUGGAGAGAAGCAGUCAGCGGGGCAUCAUCCUCCUCCUCUUCCUCCCCAGCAUCAUCAUCACCAGCAACAGCAACAGCAACAACAGCAGCAGCAGCAACAGCAGCAGCACCAGCAGCAGCAGCAGCAGCAACAGCAGCAGCAGCACCCUGCUGUGUCACCCGUGCUGCGGUCACCAGCAGUCAAGGGUUUCCUAACCCCCUCACAUGUGCCCAUUCUGCUCCUCGACCUCCCCUAUCUGCUCUCCCCGGAUCUCAGCCUUGCGCUCUCGGCUCUCCCCCUGCCGCCGCCCCCUCCCAUGCCGCGCUACCUUGAGCUUGAAAGAAAAGACAGCAGCAGCGGUGGCAGCAGCAGUGGUAAUAGCCUGAACGGCUUCGCUGCUGGAUCAGGGGAGCGUGCCGUUUCAGACCAGCAGCAGCAGGAGCAGCAGCAGCAGCGGCAGCAGCAGCAGGGGGAGGGGGUUGAGGCCUCCACCGCUCCACCGCACCACGGCACUGCUUUACACCGCUCCACACCGUGGGACCCGCCGGUCUGGCAGCGGCUGUGGACGGGAGAGGCCAUGGCUCUGCGCAAUGCCAUUCGGUACCUGCACCUGUGGGGGUGCGACUCCCAACUGGACGCUGCCUUAUCUGCUGCGUUGUUGGUAUCAGAGCCCGAGCAAGUGUGUGUGGGUGCGGGGCUUGCUGGGGAUAACGGCGCGCUCACGCUCUCAUUCCCGGGACAGCAGGGCCGUGCAGAGCUCUUCCGCACCUCGCCGCACUUCUCAGCGCUGCGCUCACUCGCCCUGGUGGCCCUGGCGCAGCGCAUCAUGCACCUGCUGCCCCCGCACCCACCCUCGCUCUCCCGCCGCGUCUGCUCGCUCCUCGCCGCCUUCUACUCGCGGGAACUCGCCGAGAAACUCCCUGGCUCUGUCGCUCCUGCUCUUGAGCUUUAUGCAUGCUUCUGGCAUGAUGCAUCGGACCACAUUCGCAUGGCAGCACGCUCUCUCUUCCACUGUGCCGCCCUCCGUGCCUUCCCGCCUCUCCUUCGCUCCCCGCACUUCCCCUCGCCCCGCCCUUCUUGCUCCUCCUCCUCCCUCGAUGUCCCUACAUCCGCCUCCCUGCCUUUAACGCCGUUUGGAGGGGUAGUGGGAGGAGUGGCAGGAGUGGGAGGAGCAGGAGGAGGAGGAGGAGGAGGAGGGAAAUCAGCAGCAGCAGCAGCAGAGCAGGGAGGCAAAGGGGGGUUGCUUGUCCAACCGGACUGGAUUGGCUGGGAGCCGUCGGAUGUGCUCCAGUGGAUCGAGUCAUCCGACGGUGCAGAUGUCGUUUCAGUCGUGGGUGGCACUCCAGCAGACGCCAAAGCAGCUCGCACCAACGUUGCUGCUGCUCUAGCUGUCUGGUACCUCCCUCUCGGUCGAUCAGAUUUAGCGGCCGCUGUCGCCCCGUCGUUGCUCCGGCUCGUGCGAUUGGCCAACAGCCGCCACGCGGCCACUGCUGCGGAGAUUCUCGCCGAGGGGAUGGCGGACACGUGGCAGGCCCUGAUUGGUCCGCAGAUUCACCGGCUGAUUGCGGACGUUUUUGUCCUUUUCCCGCUGUCAGGCUUCCGUGGCAGCACAGGGGACGUGCACGCACACAUGCAUGCAAACAUGCACCCAGGCAUGCAUGCUGACGUGCGUUCAGGCAUGCAUUCAGACAUGCACUUAGACAUGCAUCAGCAGCAGCAGCAUGGCAUUCAUUCUGUUCCAGCAUCAGCUGCCAUGCUCUCUGACGCACACUCCCUAGACUCUGGCACCAUUCUCACCCCUGGAGCUGGCCCUGCCUCUGUCUCUGCUGCUGCAGCUGCCACUGCUGCUGGUGCUAGUAGUGCGAGCAGCAGGGGCAGCCACAGAAGCAGCACCGGUGGUGGUGCAGGGAUGACAAGGCAGCACUCCUCCACAUCCUCUUUCAUCCCCUCCAACUCCUCCGAAACGCCCGGAGGAGCGGGAGGAGGCUCAGCAGCAGCAUUACCAGCAGCAUCAUCACCAUCACCAUCACCAUCACCAGCAGCAGCAGCAGCAGCAGCAGCACCAGGGCAGCCAUCAGCAGCAGUGGCAAUAGUAGUACGGGAGGCUCUAGCAACGUCGCUUCUCCCAGCACUAGCCAUGGCGGAUCCUGCAGCUUUCCUGACAGUGGUGCAGGGGCAGAUGGCAGGGGGCGCGCCUCCGGACUCAUCCGUGCAUGUGACUGCGCUCAUGGCGAUAAUUCGGGCUGUGCGCUCGUACCCGCGCUCGCUGCUCUGCCAUCUCACCCAGAUAGUGGAGUGUGCCCUCAAGUGCACGGACCAGUCCAACGCGCCCCUCCGCAAGAACUGUCUGCACACUGCCAUGGCUCUGCUCAUGGAGCUGCCGCGCAACUUCUCCAUGGCCGCUGUCUUCCAGAGCCCGCCUGCCUCGCCCAACUCCUACCUGCGCCUCGCUGUGGGGGACGCCGUGGGGGAUGUGGGGCGCAUCGCCAUUCACGUCUACGACCUGCGCUCGUGA